CCGGUUUUCGGACCUCUACGAGUGGCUGCCCCACAAAAUGCCUGCUUCUCUGCGGACUCCUACUGUUCUUCACAUGCUCUCUAAUACCAUCUCUUCAUGUCCACUUUCUCUUCCAUGUUGAAAAAAGUAAAUUGACAGACUGGACUCUGGAAAGAUCUUUGGACAUUUAAAUAUCUUCGACCGGCGCGAAAAGAGGCGGCCUGACCUUGGAAGUGGGACGGGGUCCUGCAGCGGCUCCUUCCGGCGGGUGACAUUCAGCCGGCGGUUCGGGGCGACGGACUCUCCAUCCCAGAACCAUGGCCCAAUUUGUCCGUAACCUUGUGGAGAAGACCCCGGCGCUGGUGAACGCUGCUGUGACUUACUCGAAGCCUCGGUUGGCCACAUUUUGGUACUACGCCAAGGUUGAGCUCGUUCCUCCCACCCCUGCUGAGAUCCCUAGAGCUAUUCAGAGCCUGAAAAAAAUAGUCAAUAGUGCUCAGACUGGUAGCUUCAAACAGCUCACAGUUAAGGAAGCUGUGCUGAAUGGUUUGGUGGCCACUGAGGUAUUGAUGUGGUUUUAUGUCGGAGAGAUUAUAGGGAAGCGUGGCAUCAUUGGCUAUGAUGUUUGAAGACCAAUCUUUAACAUCUGAUUAUAUUUGAUUUAUUAUUUGAGUGUUGUUGGACCAUGUGUGAUCAGACUGCUAUCUGAAUAAAAUAAGAUUUCUCAAAA